AGUAAAGUGAGUGUAUAACUACAAAACAUGGAGAGAAAUCCGGCAAAUAAAGUAGUAGUAAUCACCGGAGGAGCUCAAGGAAUUGGAUAUUCCAUUGCUGAUAAAUUUUUGGGGAAAGGUGCUCGUGUCGUCAUUUUAGUUGACAUUGAUGAGAAGCAAGGUCCAGCUUCAGUAGAAACAUUGAAUUCCAAAUAUGGAGUAAACAAAGCAGAAUUCUACAAAUGCGACGUAACAUCUGAUCUUGAAGUUGUUGCCAAUAAAAUCUUUAGCAAGUACAGCAACGUUGAUGUUCUGGUUAACAACGCUGGCAUCCUUAAUGAGUAUAAGCUCAAGCAGACUGUUGCCAUUAAUGUGACAGCACUUAUGGAAUGGUCGUUUAGAUUUUUCGAGCAAAUGAGGAAGGACAAAGGCGGUAAAGGUGGCACCAUGAUCAACUUGGCAUCAAUUUAUGGGUUCCGGGUGGAUCCAUUCUUACCUAUCUACCAAGCGUCAAAGUUUGCUGUGAUGGGGUUCACUAAGAGUUUUGGUCAUUCUUACCGUUAUCAGAAAUACGGCGUGAGGUCAGUUGCAGUAUGUCCAGGAUUUACAGAAACUAUGUUGACAACGAAUGUGAAAAUGAACGAUGACCCAAGCGUCCAGGAGGGUUUCGAUGACAUGUUGAAAACAACACCUUGGCAACAAGUAGAAGCAGUGUCGAAUGCUGUAGUGGAGGUGUUCGAGAAGGUUGACAGUGGAACGGCAUGGCUGAUUGAAGGUUCAAAGCCAAUAACACAGGUCUAGUCAGUAUGUAGAACUUAAAUUUAUUUAUUGAAUGAUAUUAUGAUGAUUGUAUUGACUAAUUGAAAUUUGAUUGAA